AUGGCCUCAACAGUGACGGAGGCGUUUACCGUGGCGGUGACAGUAGCAGUUGUGGUGGUGCUAGUAGUGGCGAUGGUGCAAGUAGUGGCGGUGGUGCUAAUGGUGGUGGUGGUGCGAGCGGUUGAGCGUGCUAGUUUGGUGCAAGCGACUUCUGUUACAGAGAUCAAGAUCGAGGUCAUAUCUCUUCAUCCCUCAGAGAAUUUUAGUUUGGCACGUCUGUCAUGUAUCCGGAGACCUACACGCAGUAACUUCUGGUUGACGGACCCCUGUGUACCCGUAUCUGGCCUCGGACACAAGCAUAAUACACGAAGGUUUGAGAGUGACAAGCUGAAAGGGAAGCGUGCCAACAACCAGGGCCAGCAGCAGUACCCAGCAACAGCAGGGCCAGCAGCAGUACCCAGCAACAGCAGGGGCAGCAGCAGGUACCUAACAACAGCAGGGGCAGCAGCAGUGCCAACAACAGCACGACCAGCAGCAGUACCCAGCAACAGCACGACCAGCAGCAGUGCCAACAACAGCAGGACCAGCAGAGUACCAACAACAGCAGGGGCAGCAGCAGUACUCAGCAACAGCAGGACCAGCAGCAGUGCCCAGCAACAGCAAGACCAGCAGUGGUACCCAGCAACAGCACGGGCAGCAGUAGUACCCAACAACAACAGACCAGCAGCAGUACCAGCAACAGCAGGACCAGCAGCAGUACCAGCAACAGCACGACCAGCAGCAGUACCCAACAACAGCAGUGCCAGCAGAUGCCCAGCAACAGCACGACCAGCAGCAGUGCCCAACAACAACACGGCCAGCAGCAGUAACCAGCAACAGCACGACCAGCAGCAGUACCAGCAGCAGGGGCAGCAGCAGUACCAGCAACAGCAGGACCAGCAGAAGUACCCAGCAACAGCAGGGGCAGCAGCAGUACUCAGCAACAGCAGGGCAGCAGUAGUUCCCAGCAACAGCAGGGGCAGCAGCAGUACCACACAACAGCACGGCCAGCAGUACAGUAGUGCAACAACAGCAGGGACAGCAGCAGUGCCAGCAACAGCAGGAUCAGCAGUAGUACCAACAACAACGAAAGGGCAGCAGUGCUCAGCAACAGCAGGGCAGCAGCAGUACCCAGCAACAGCAGAGACCAGCAGCAGUACUCAGCAACAGCAGGGGCAGCAGCAGUGCCCAACAACAGCAGGGCCAGCAGUAGUACCCAGCAACAGCAGGGGCAGCAGUAGUGCCAGCAACAACAGGGCCAGCAAGCAGUACCAGCAACAGCAGGGACAGCAGCAGUACCCAGCAACAGCAGGGGCAGCAGCAGUGCCCAGCAACAACAGAGACCAGCAGCAGUACCAACAACAGCAGGGGCAGCAGCAGUACUCAGCAACAACGACCAGCAGUGGUACCCAGCAACAGCAGGGGCAGCAGCAGCACCAACAACAACAGAGACCAGCAGCAGUACCAACAAAAGCAAGCAACCCAGGCAACGCAGUACUCAACAACAACACGGCCAGCAGUACUACCCAACAACAGCGGGACCAGCAGUAGUGCCAGCAACAGCACAGCCAGCAGCAGUACCCAGCAACAGGAAGCCAGCAGUAG